AUGGCCGAACCCGAAGCAUUAGCCACCUCUCCUUGCGCUCCCCCAGUGCUCUCACUAGAAACAGCUAAAUAUUUGGAUGAUAUUCGCCCUAGCAUCCAAGCUGCCCUCGAGAAAGGUCCCGGCAAUCUGUUAAAGAAAUGGGCACCAGCUGCAGAAGUCUACUCCGACCCCGACAUCAUCGCUCACCUAACUAGUCUAAACCUCUGGGAAGUUUCUGAAAGCCUCUGCAUUGGUAUUCAUGAACUGGGCUGUUUUCAACAAGACCCGAUCAAUCGCGACCGCGUUGCGAGCCUGUACACCAAAACCGAUAAAUUUCUCGUUAAUGGGUCUGCCGCUGGCAAAACUCGCCUAUCCUAUGAGGGACUCUGCGUGAACUGGGGCUUCUUGUUCACGCUGGUGAGAGAUCCACCUCUCGGCGCGCAAGACAUUUCGCCCCACUUCAUCUUCGGAGAAUUCUCCACACUUUGGGGAGUGUCUGAAACACUCUCUGCACCACUUGUCGCCCGCCUACUGGUCUUCAAGGUCUUCCUGCAGGUUGCCUGUGCUAUUUCGAACGCCACCCUAACCAACGAUCAUAAACGGUCUUGGCUGCUGAUCCAACUAGUUCCAGAAUUGAUUCGGAUGAAUUGGGACGAUGACGUUUUCCGCACACUGCGUCGUUUGAUUGCGCAGCAUGAUCAAACCAAUCUUCGCCAUCUCGCGGCGGACGCUAUGGCAGACAUUUACAACUUGUUGCCCAGCGAAGACCGCCAUCUCUUCAUUGUUAUGGACCAAGCUCAAGUAGCGGCUCGUCGUCGACAGCUUUUCGGGCCAGAACACUUCAUCGAAGAAAUUCUCAAAGCAUGGAUUCCGCUGAUGAGACCACCCUCGUCUCCAUUAGAAUCAAACUUUAUCUUCGUUGGAACGGAGAUGCCCAAGGAUAUCGGCCCUUUUGGGACUGGAUUUACCUGGGUCUCAGGUACUGGUGCUUUCGACGAUCCUGUGCGUCAAGAAGUCUAUGUCCGGAAAUUCCUACCCCCAAAGAUUUGCGACUCCAAUUCCGGCCGGCAUCUUCUCACCAGAAUAUGGCGUUGGCUACGGGGAAGGCACCGUCUCACUGCGAGCUUUGUUCAAGCCCUAAUCUCGGAAGGACUUGAAUACCCUCACACGUACUUGAACGUUUUCUUCCAGCAUAGCUCUGGUCUAGAACUACAAGACGCUAAAGACUUUAUUGCAAAGGAAAAAUGCUCCCAGGAAAUACGAUCUGGAUGGAAACACUACCAGUUGAAUUCUCCCAUGCGUUUCCAAAAGCUGAAGCCUGAGGCGCAGGAACUGUUUCAAACAAUUUUGUAUCGGAUGAUGACAACACAAACACCAUCACUACAGCUGAGUGAGGCGUACACCUACCUCGUCAACAAUGCUGUAGCCCACUUUGUGGACGCCAACCAAUCAAUAGUUAGCGUUGACGAGCCUAUCGUUCUUGCGGCAGCAGCUUCACAGUCGCUAGAAAGUGGAUGGUAUCAGCGGCCCGUCAGCCUCGAGCAACAUAUCAAUCUGGCACAGUUGCCUGCGACUGCAGCAUUGCAUUGUCUCCUAUUCUACCUCGCCCGCACAACUCAUCUUGCCGCCCACAACUUCUUUAAAUUUGUACCUUCUAGUCGCUACCCAAGAUGGGCGUUUCGCGAUUGUCAACUGGUUUAUCUCUUCAGAGGCCCGGGCACAGAGGACAAACUCGGAUAUCGCUCCAUCAUGAUCACUGGGGAUCCAAUUCUGGACACAACAUGGCCCCUGGCUACGCAAACCGACUCUUUUGAAGAACUGAUUCGGUGGCUCGAAGGUCGAUAUGCGACCCCGUUCUGCGUAUACUCGAGAUCUAUCGGAGACGUGGUGUUUUUCUCACUUCGAACGUCAACGGGCACUUUCGUCCGCGUUGCACUAAAGGUCGUGUUCUCUGCUGAAGAAGUCACGCUUGAUGUCUGGGACGAGGCUUACAAGAGCCUCCAGGUAGAGAAUAUCAUCCCCGACCCUGAACAGCAUCUUGCCCGCUUCAAUGAUGCUUUGAAAUGUGUGCCUCACGGGAAACUCGCGCAGCACAAGGUGCAGCGUGUUGUGUCUUUCCUCCGCGGCAACGAUCCGGGACCCGAUCCGCGACCCACAAUAUUCCAGUCCAGCGAGAGUGAUAGCGGUGACUCUGCAGUUCUUAAUGCGCUGUAUUUCAGGGAGCCCUUGAAGACUCCGUUACUCGAUAGCAUGCUGGCUGGAAUAGGGGGAAGUUGCAGCCCCAAGUCAAGGCGGGAUGUGGGUCAACCGUUGCGCAAGCAGUUGAAGCGGAAAAGAUCUCGGUCAGAUCUAAAGUAUUAA